AUGCCAAAGAAAAAUCUUCCCUUCAUAAAAGACGUCAAAGAUGCCUUGGAAAGUCUAAAACCAACCAAAGAAGAUUUUUUUUCAAAUUGUAGAGCUGAUCAUUUAGGUUUUUACAACAAAAUGUGUAACAUUCUUCGAUUAGACGGAAACAUUUAUAAAAACAGACUGAAAGUAUCAAUGGUAAUUAAAAGAAAUCACUUGUUUACAUCAACAUCAUCCAAAUAUGCAACAUCCGAGUUAGCAGAUGACGAAAAAAAUGAAGUAACUUCUAGUUCUAGUGACACGUCACAUGAACAAAACGCAUCUAUUUGUUCGUCGUCCUUGACAUCAUCUCAAACGGCUCAAACAUCUAACGAUAAAGAGUUUCCUAAAACUGAUACUCCUGAUAGCGCCACUUUUCAUUAUAGUGAUACUCGAACAAAACUUCCCAUCUACCAGCAGUCUACACCGGUUUCCUCUUACCAAUAUUAUUCUAAUGCAAAUAAAAGUAAUAUCAUUUACACUCCAAAGACUAAGGACAUUACUUUGAAUCGAUAUAAAAAUGAAGUAAUUUCAGAAUUUUAUAAAAAACGUCCUAAUAACAUAAUUGUAUUACCAAUAGGUUCUGUGAAUGAUGGUAAUUUAACCAGAGCAGGCAUUAAAUUUAAUAAUUGUACUUUUCUGGAAGGCGUAUUUCAAUUAACCUAUAACGAGCUGGCAAAUAUUACCAAUGAAAAUAAAAAACUUGCAGAUUACUAUUUAAUAAUAAAAAGAAAAUUCGAAGAAAUUAAUAACACCUGUGUUUUGAACUUUAAAAAAGUAUCUGUCAAUUCUAAUUUUAGAAAGUACACUAUCUAUGGGUACUGUGCACAUAAAAAAUGCAAAACUUUCGUUCUAAAAAUAGAAAAGUCAGAUAAUAUUGUGAAUUGUUCAGUUUUCAGUUCUUCCCUAAAUUUCAAUCAUUCUCCACAAGCGCGACUAACUACAUACGCUCGAAAAUCAGAAAGAAAACUAAUAGGGGAAGAUCUCGCUCACAGUAACCCUUUCAUGAAGAGGUUAGAUGAAAAAUUGAAAACUCCUAGUUCACAAAUUUUAAAUGGAAACCUUCGUGAUAUCAAGUCAGAAGAUGUAUAUCGGAAGAUAAGGCACGAAGAAGUUUCUAAACUAGAUAGGCAUCAAGAUGAAAUUUUUGAUCUAAUUUUAAUGGCACGUGAAAAUUCGUACAUUUAUCGGGUUUUUGAACCUCUUACGGUUUACAUUUUUAGUGCCGAACAAUUAGAUAUUUUAAAUUUUAUCAAAAAAGGUCAGAACAAAAUUGUUUUACACUUAGAUGCAACAGGGCAAAUCGUACAUCAGCCUCCUCACAUUAAAAACCCCCAAAAAAUUUUUUAUUAUGCAGGUGUAGUUUGGCACAGCAGCACUGCGACUAUUUGCCCAAUACUGGAAUUAAUAACCAGUAUGCAUGAUGCUUUUUCAAUAGGUAGUUGGUUAAACGCUUUUCAGGCAUACUGCAUGAAGAACAAAUUAAAAUGGCCAAUAUUUUCCACAAUUGUGACGGACUUCAGUUUUGCUCUAAUGAAUGCAGUCAACUAUUAUUGGAAUAGACUUAAUGAUAUAAGUGAAUAUCUCAAUAUUUGCUACAAUAGCUUACAUGAAAAUAUACCGUGUGAAGCAAUAUGUAUUUUGAAAGUGUGUGUCUGUCAUUUGAUGAAAAAUAUAGCUUCAGAUAUCGAAAAAUUGUGUUCAGAUGAAAAAAGAUUCAAGAAAGUCCAAAAAAGUCUGUACAAAAAAACAAUUGCAUCCGCAUUUAUGAUGGCAAAUCUAAAAUCACUGGAGAAAUGGUUUUCAGAUUUAGUGAAGUUGACAAUAGAGCCCCGAUACACUAGAUCAAUAGCUGACAUUGUUUCCAAUAUUAACAACGAAGUCCUUGUUGAAACAGAUGAGAAUUUCAGAGAUAAUUUUGGUUGUAUAACUGAUUCCGAGCCAGAACAGGUAUCUUCUCUAUAUAAAAAAUCGAAGUUUUAUCAACAUUUUCUAAAAAUUUAUGAGUCCUGCAACGAAUCUAAUAGACCUAUUUCAGAAACCGAUGUUAAUAAUCCCUAUUAUUUGCCGGAUCUUUCGCCAGUUAUUUUAAAGAAAUACAUAACAUUUUUGCCUCUUUGGACCAACAUUAUUACAGACGAGACUAUGAGAAGAUACAGCAAUGCUCCGGUUGAAAACCAUUUCAAUAAAGUGAAAAAUACUCUUAUACCCCAAAAAAAUCUUCGCUGCAGUAGGUUUCUUAGGUAUUCGAGAGAGCUUGUUUUGGCUACACACAAACAGCUUACUUUAGAUAUACCUAAAAACAGAUGUACACGGGGAAAAAAGAAAAACAUCGAUAAAAACCUAACAAUGGAGGUGGUGGAAACAUGGCGUAAAAAAAGAAAGCCAAAAGGAGCCACAUAUUUUGGACCUUCUUCAAAAAUUUUGAAAACUAAGGACAGACUGCUGACCCUUGUUCAAGAACUCGCACCCUUCGAUCGAGAACCUCCAAAUCUUGUUCAAGAACACAGCGCACCAGAUGCUCUUUUGAAAUUAUAUCCUAACGGAAAUGUCAGUGAUGUGAACUACUAUAAUUUCAAAGAUUUCAAGUUUAUUGUGGGAAUUUAUCCUGGUGCCGAACCUUUUGAAAAAUUAGAUUCCAUUGAUUUCCAAAGUUUAUCCGGAAAUAAUUGGUUCACCAACUGGGCUUUAGACAUAGUCUUUCACAUCCUGACAAAAAACCGUGACAUAAAUUACAUUCCACAACACCAUGCUCACAAAAUAUUUACUUUAGGAUCAUACAAGUUUAAAGAAAGUGGGAUGAAAAUUAGCAACAAAAAACAAAUAAUUUGUCUAGAUCUUCAAAGUCAGUGUCACUGGUGUUUAGUGGUUUGUAAUGUGAAUCAAAAACUGUUUUAUUACAUUAACCCAACAGGAUCGUCUUUGACAGAAACCAAAAAUAAAAUGAGUGUAUUUUUGAAAAAAUGUUCCAUAUCAGAAAAUGGAUGGACUCCUAAGAUACUUUUCCAUCCCAAACAAAAAGAUAGUUGCAGCUGUGGACCUUAUGUCACCUCCUUUGCUGUCAAAAUUAUCAAUGGAGAUGAGAAUUUGUGUACUUGCCUCGAACCAGAAGAUCAGAGGUUUUUCUUAAAAGAAUUACUUUUGAGGGAAGCCUCUGACAUGAAAGAUAAGUGUGUAGUUUGUGGUGAGGACACGUUGAAUAUCACCUCAACUGAUCUAAAAAUUGAUUGGGUCCAAUGCGAUCAUUGCAUUAGGUGGUAUAUGUUGAGAUGUUUGAAUAUUGACAACACAGAAGAACUUCCUUCAAAAUAUUGUUGCCCUAUAUGUACUUUUUUUUUUAAUAGGCACACAAAUAAUUGA